AGCCAGGGGUGGACUGACAACUCAUGGGGCCCCCAGGCAAUAGGGGAUCAUGGGGCCCCUGUGUCCUUGCCCAAACUCAAAAAAGCCUAUGAAAAAGGUACCAGGGGCAUCUCAUGGGGCCCCCUACUGACCCCGGGCCCUCGGGCAGUGCCCGAGUUUCCAAAUGGUCAGUCCGCCCCUGCCCUGUGUAUAUACAUGUGUGCAGAUGGUCAGACAGAAAUUGAAUUGCUAGACUAGUUCACUAAAGUGAGAACAGAAUAUGAAACACGUACAUCUAUGAUUGUCUUCAAAUGAGAUAUUAUCCAAGAAUUGA